CACACACACACACACACACACACCCAUCCCUCUCUCUCUCUCCUCUUACACACAAACAAAGAAAUUUCCUUGUCGGCUUGGACCAAACACCAUCUUAUCGUUUCUUCUUCCCCCUUCCAUUCCCCCCCUCUUCCACCACCUCCUUCUUCUUCUUCUUCUUUCUCUAACCCUACUUUCUGAUCUUCCUCUUUACAACCCUCUCAAUAUACUAAACCAGCUGUUUGCUUCACUCAUCUUCAGGUCGGAGUUUGGGCGAUUUGGAACAUAAGUAUCUCUCUGAUAUUAUCAUGUCCUUUUCAGCUGUCUCGAAUCUUCCCUCAGGAGGACCCCAUUCAGUUUCAGGGUCCUCUUCUGAUGCAUUGUAUAGGGAAUUAUGGCAUGCCUGUGCAGGACCUCUUGUCACCCUUCCUCGCCAAGACGAACGAGUAUACUACUUUCCACAAGGUCACAUGGAACAGCUGGAAGCCUCGAUGAAUCAAGGAUUGGAGCAACAAAUGCCUUCAUUCAACCUAGCAUCAAAAAUACUUUGUAAAGUUGUCAAUGUUGUUCUUCGGGCGGAACCUGACACAGAUGAAGUUUAUGCUCAGAUAACUCUGUUACCAGAAAGCAAUCAAAGUGAAGUAACGACCCCAGAUCCUGCACUUCCUGAGCCGACAAGAUGUAACGUCCACUCAUUUUGCAAGACGCUCACUGCUUCUGACACUAGCACUCAUGGUGGCUUCUCUGUUCUUAGGAGGCAUGCUGAUGACUGUCUGCCACCUCUGGAUAUGUCUCAGCAGCCACCAUGGCAAGAAUUGGUAGCAACUGAUUUACAUGGGAAUCAGUGGCAUUUUAGGCACAUUUUCCGAGGUCAGCCAAGGCGUCAUUUACUAACAACUGGGUGGAGUGUCUUCGUUAGUUCUAAAAAGCUAGUAGCUGGAGAUGCUUUUAUCUUUUUAAGAGGUGAAAACGGAGAGCUUCGUGUUGGGGUGAGAAGACUCAUGAGACAGCUAAACAACAUGCCAUCUUCUGUUAUAUCAAGUCACAGUAUGCAUCUUGGAGUUUUAGCCACUGCUUCUCAUGCUGUUGCAACUGGAACGCUCUUUUCUGUCUUUUACAAGCCAAGAACAAGCAGGUCUACAUUUCUUGUAAGUCUAAACAAGUACCUUGAAGCUCAAAGCCAUAAACUCUCUGUUGGGAUGAGGUUCAAGAUGAGGUUUGAGGGCGAGGAAGUACCUGAAAGAAGUUUUAGCGGAACAAUUGUUGGUCUUGGAGAUAAUGCAUCACCUGGGUGGGCUAAUUCUGAUUGGCGAUCUUUAAAGGUGCAAUGGGAUGAACCUUCAUCUAUCUUGCGUCCAGAUAGGGUGUCUGCUUGGGAAUUGGAACCACUUGUUGCUUCAAACCCUCUAAGCUCUCAGCCCACGCAGAGGAACAAGCGUCCACGGCCAACUGUUUUGCCUUCACCUACGGCCGAUGCAGCUGUACUCGGCGGGUGGAAACCUACGGUUGAAUCUUCUGCUUUUUCGUUUACUGAGCCACCACAGCGUGGAAGGGAUGUGUAUUCAUCACCGAAGUUCAGUACUGCUGCUUCGAAUUCUCUUGGUUUUAAUGGGAAUAGUUCUCUUGGCGCUGUGUCGAGCAACAACUACUGGUCUAAUACCAAUAGGGUGGAAAAUAUUAUUGACACUUCAUCUCAUGGAGCUAACAGGGAACCCAUUGAAAAGAAACAAAACACUAGAAAUGGGUGCAGGCUUUUUGGGAUCCAGCUUCUUGGAAAUUCCGAUGUCGGUGAAGCUUCUCCAGAUACAACUCCUAAAAUGGUCAGUGAGGAUAGGUCGGUUCCACCGGUAGACGCAGAAUUCGACCAGAAUUCUGAGCGAUCAAACGUUCACCGAUUAGAUAUUCCUUCAGUAAGCUGUGAUGCUGAUAAAUCAUGUUUGAUUUCCCCACUAGAGUCUCAAAGCAGACAAAUCCGUAGCUGCACGAAGGUUCAUAUGCAAGGAAUUGCCGUUGGGAGGGCCGUUGAUUUAACACGGUUCAAUCAAUAUGAUGAUCUACUUAGGAAAUUGGAGGAUAUGUUUGACAUAGAGGGUGAGCUUUGUGGCUCUGUAAAGAAAUGGCAGGUUGUUUACACCGACGACGAAGAUGAUAUGAUGAUGGUUGGAGACGAUCCAUGGAACGAGUUUGUCAGCAUGGUAAGGAAGAUAUUCAUCUACACGACCGAAGAAGUGAAGAGACUGUCGCCCAAGAUAAAACUCCCCCUCGGUGGAGAGACAAAGCUUAGUAAGCCAGAUUCCGAUAUGACUGCCAACCACACAGAGGAUCAGUCGUCCAUCGUCGGGUCAGAUUGCUGAUGGAGAUGUAUCCUAUGCGUAUAGUCACUGGCAGAGGAAAAAGAAAAUGUGGAAUCUUCACCAGGGGAUGGGGAAGUGGAAGAAAUAGGUAUCGUCUUGCGGGGGUCGAUCGAAUGGAAUCUGGAACAAGGCGUUCGUAUAUUUUCACUUGGAAACUCCGAAGAUUCCAAUGACGACAAAGCUAGCUGCAGGAGCUGCUACAUAUAUGAAGGGGGUUGGGGUAAAUGGUGAAGGCUUUCUGAGCUCAUCAAUAGAGUGAGGAAUGAGUUUGUUAUUUAGGAAUAGUGUCCUGUGUUUUAAGACGUUGAAACGAAUAUUUGUAGCGAAUAAGGUUCGGUUCGGUUCGGUUUAGUUAAUUUUUUGAGGGUUUUGUGUCUCCUGAUCAUGAAACCAUGUGAGUCAGCUUGAGCUUGCAUUUUUGUACAUAAGGAACAUGUGAUGCUGUCUUGUUUUGCACUAUAUUGAUUGCAGGAGUCUGUUUUUGUAUGGGUUGUGGAUGAUAAUGGGGGGAGGAAGAAGCUCAAAACAUCUUCCAUGCUUCCAAUGUAAAUGUAACAUUAUCUGAUAUUAUAUUUUUGAUUGCCAAAUGUUAUUGAA